AUGAUCGCACUCUCGUGGCUCUGCCAUGCUGCCAGUGCAGCGAUGAGUUGGGCACCUCAUGACUUGUUCAAUGAAGGUGCUGCUGGUGUGGAAAGGGGAGGGGGGUUGGGGGGAGAGCGCACAAGGAAGCCCCACUCUGUCACAAUAGCACAUCCACGGAGUCUCUUCGUGUCAUGCCUCCCUCUUCCUGUCAUGCCUCGCUCUUCCUGUCAUGCCUCGCUCUUCCUGUCAUGCCUCCCUCUUCCUGUCAUGCCUCCCUCUUCCUGCCAUGCCUCGCUCUUCCUGUCAUGCCUCGCUCUUCCUGUCAUGCCUCGCUCUUCCUGUCAUGCCUCCCUCUUCCUGUCAUGCCUCGCUCUUCCUGUCAUGCCUCCCUCUUCCUGUCAUGCCUCGCUCUUCCUGCCAUGCCUCCCUCUUCCUGUCAUGCCUCGCUCUUCCUGUCAUGCCUCCCUCUUCCUGCCAUGCCUCGCUCUUCGUGUCAUGCCUCCCUCUUCCUGUCAUGCCUCCCUCUUCCUGCCAUGCCUCGCUCUUCCUGUCAUGCCUCGCUCUUCCUGUCAUGCCUCGCUCUUCCUGUCAUGCCUCGCUCUUCCUGUCAUGCCUCCCUCUUCCUGCCAUGCCUCGCUCUUCCUGUCAUGCCUCGCUCUUCCUGUCAUGCCUCGCUCUUCCUGUCAUGCCUCGCUCUUCCUGUCAUGCCUCGCUCUUCCAUGCCUCGCUCUUCCUGUCAUGCCUCGCUCUUCCUGUCAUGCCUCCCUCUUCCUGUCAUGCCUUCCUCUUCCUGUCAUGCCUCGCUCUUCCUGCCAUGCUUCCCCUCCUGCCCACCUCCUCCUUCCCCCGCUGACCCACUUCACCGCCACCACUGCUCAUGCUGCGGCCAGCGGCUCGACCAUGCUACCCAGCAAUACUGCAGUGAGGGUCCACGCUGUCUCCAAGCUCACUGGUGGUCGAGAUAAAUGGUCCACACACGGUUAG